UCAAGGCACAAAGUGGUAGUUAGUACAGAAAAAUGAGAUAAUGUACAAGCCAGUGAGUUUAGGCUGUCAAAAAGAUUGGCUACAUUUAAUAGGAGGGCCAUAGUACUGAAUGCAAUUUUCAUAUGCAGACAUGAAGAGAUCUACAUCUCAUUUUGUACCUUUCUUUUAAGUUGUUGCUGCCAUUUUCCAAAUUGUGUGUUUUUGAUAGAGAUGGGGAAGACAGGGAAAUGGCUUAGAAACUUAUUGACAGGGAAGAGAGAUAAAGAAAAAUACAGGGAAAAAUGUGCAACCAUUAGCCCAAUUGUUCUGUCAAAUGGUACAGAAAAUCCAAUCACUCCAAACUCAACAACACCAAAGGAGAAAAGAAGGUGGAGUUUCAGGAGAUCAUCAGCCACAGCUACAGCUUCCAAGGAACUGAAUUUUGCAGAAGCAAGUGCCACAGAUGCUCAGAAUGAGCAGAAGAAGCAUGCCACGGACGUGGUUGCCGCCACAGCUGCUGCUGCCGUGAUCCACUUAACUUCCAGUUCUAAUGAAAGAACUGGAAGCAUUGAAGAAGCUGCUGCCAUUAAAAUUCAAUCUGUGUUCAGGUCCUACUUGGCAAGAAAAGCAUUGUGUGCUCUUAGAGGGAUAGUGAAGUUGCAGGCACUGGUAAGGGGUUACUUGGUGAGAAAACAGGCCAGAGAUACAUUAAGGUGCAUGCAGGCUUUGGUCAUAGCCCAAGCUAGAGCUCAUGCUUCAAGGCUUCGAAUGGAAUCACAAGGGAAGCGAAAAACCUUAUUAGAGGAUAAUGUGUUCAGGCAUAUGUAUAAUGAACAUGAGAGAGGCAUGGAAGAGAACAUCAAGAUUGUGCAGAUGGAUGUUUGUGAUUCAAGAGGAAGAAACAGCACAUCAAAUCACGGAUACGGCCAUAGAUAUUCAACAUAUUAUUCACCAAAUGGUUAUGUUUAUUCAUACUUAAAAGAAGGAGGCAGCAACAAGGCAUCGCCAGCACCUUCAGCAAUGACAGAGUUCAGUCCAAGAGCAUGCAGUGGCCACUUUGAGGAUUGUGGAGCCUUCAACACAGCACAAAGCAGCCCUCAUUACUACUCAGCAGUUUCAAGAGAGGAGGAUUUGAAUCUUCCUUUUGCUUUUCCUAAACCAAACUAUGCAGCAGACUCCAUGUCCUAUGACUACCAAUUUUUCCCAAAUUACAUGGCUAACACUGAAUCAUCAAGGGCCAAAGCCAGAUCACACAGUGCACCAAGACAAAGGCCAGAUUCAUUCGAGAGGCAGCCAAGCCGGCAAAGAGCUUCGGUGGAGGGAAGAAGUGUCCCGAGGCCAAUGAGAAUGCAGAGGUCAUCUUCACAUGUUGGUCUCACUGCACAAAACUACCAAUAUCCUUGGUCAAUGAAGCUUGAUAGGUCAACUGUUUCCCUCAAAGACAGCGAGUGUGGCUCUACAACUUCAGUGCUCACAAACUCCAAUUACUGCAGAUCUCCUGCUGCAUAUAAUCCUCGUGGACAUAGGUACUGAAAUGGUGCAUUCCAAUACCGGUUUUGAAGGAGACCUUCUGCUUUUAAACUCGAGUGCAAAUAACAAAUCCAUUUGAUUGAUGUUCAGCUUUUGAAGUGUUUCUUUCUUAUUCUUCUGCAUGUUUAAACUUUUAACUAUUUCAAGUGUGUAUAAUUUUACCAGCAUCAAUUUUAGUUUCAGAUGUCUAUUCUAUUUCUGUAGAAAAUAGAGAUGACAAAAGUAACGCCCAAUAAUCUGGAAUUUGAUAUUCAAAACGAUAUCAACGCAUGACGGAGAAAGAAGCUACUUAAGAAGGCCAUAAUAUGUGUUAUGGCCACAAAUUUACUCUCCCAUAUAUAUUGCAAGAGAUACAAAGGAGAGAGGAAAAAGUAUCGAGAUACAAAGAGGAAAAUCAACAUGCGCGUGAUUCCGUUCGCCAAUUGUAGUUAGAAUAAUAGCAUCCUUGCCAUAUAUGGAUUUUGUUAAUUGGGAUACUUUAGAUCAAGCGAGUUUAGUUCACUGGAUAAUUUUCCCUGUAAAGAGAAUGCCAUUCUGCUUGCCAAUGAUCGACAAAGUUAAAAGAAAAUUCAACAAAACAUAACAAGUCAACAUCUUGGUAAGAAGGGGUAUACUAAAUAGAAUUGUUUAUCGCAUAUAUCCAUGUUAAAUUUUUUUCUUGUUAUUGUUCACACUUCAUUAACGACAAGCCAAAGGAACUGGUAACCAGAAACAUAGUAAGCCUACCGCGAAUCAAAACUGACAAGAUCUUUUCUCAAUUG